UUUCUCAUUUCUUAAGCCAAUUUCACUACGCGCACCCUUGCGAAUAAGUAAUACAACGCCUACCACGACAAAGAUUGAAUAAUGAGAAAUAUGAAAGGUGUCGCCAGCUCAGUUGUCGUGUCUUCUUAAGUCUCGGAUCCUCCCACUGUCUCACGGGACUCGACUCACCGAGUCGAAUCGUCUUCGUCGUGCGUCCCCUCCAUUUCCACCUCCCGCAACGAUGCCAUCUUUGCCUCGGCCCAACCUCACGAUCGCCUCCCUGCUCGCCCUCUUCACCCACCUCCUCCUCCCCCAAACCCCGGCCACCGCCGUCCAAGUCUGCGGCAUCGUCUCCUGCCCCGGCUCCCCCACCAACGACCUGUCCCUGUCCCCCCCGCUGGUCCAAUUCCCCUUCUGGCUCAACCGCCAGCGGCAGAGCCCCCGCUGCGGCUACCAGGGGUUCGACCUCUCCUGCACCCCCGGAGGCGACACCCUCCUCCAACUCCCCAGCUCCGGCGAAUUCUCCGUCAAGUCCAUCAACUACUACUCGACCCAGAGCAUCACCCUCGCUGACCCGGACGGCUGCUUCCCGAGGCGCCUCCUCGGCAACUUCUCCCUAACGGGGUCCGCCUUCCGGCCCCUGAUCCCGCGGCGGUUCACCUUCCUGAACUGCUCCUAUGGCGCCGACAGGUCCUCGGGAACAUCGCAAGGGAUGCCCGCCACGCUGGUCCCUUGCCUCAGCGAGGGGAACUACACGGUGAUGUCGGUGCCGACCAGGUACUACAGCGAGGGUUCGUACCCCUGCGAGGAGCUGGCGACGGUGGUGGUGCCACUGCCAUGGCCAUUCUGGUCGGACGUCGAGGAUGUCAUAAGCUUGACGUGGGACGUCCCGGACUGCGGGUCGUGUCGGAAACGAGGCGGGCUGUGCGGGUACAAGAGCGUGAACGGCACGGAGGUCGGUUGCAGCAAUGUCCCCGGAACCGGUUUACCUAGAAGUGCCAAGUACGGCGUGGUCCUAGGAGUGGGGAUACCUGGGCUCCUGUGCGUGAUUGGGCUCGCGUCUUUCGUUUUCGGCAAGAUCAAGGCCCACCGUAGGCCCACACGGCCCAAUGCGGCUGACGUGUCCAACUUAAUCGCCGCGCAGAGUGUAACCAUUUCGAUGGGCCUAGACAGGCCCACGAUAGAGUCGUACCCGAAAACCCAACUUGGCGAGAGCCGCCGCCUGCCCGAGCCCAACGACAUCACGUGCCCGAUUUGCCUAUGCGAGUACCAGCCCAAGGAGACACUGCGGUCCAUACCCGACUGCAAUCACUACUUCCACGUCGACUGCAUCGAUGAGUGGCUUCGGCUGAACGGCACGUGUCCCUUGUGUCGGAACUCGCCAGAAGAUCCCAGCUAAUAUCGUCCGGACGUUUGGAUAAACCAGAUAUGUCAUUGUUUUUGGAACGACGAGAUCAAUACAAGACUCCACUCGAGAAUGCAACAAGAUCAAUACGUUUCCCGCAUCUAUCAUGUUUUGUCUUCAUCUUCAUUGUUUGUACCAUCGGAGAUCAUUAACUUUGUAAUUUUGUAUUCAACACCAUAUUGUAAAUACUUUACAUACUUUUGUGAUAGAAGAAAUUCGAGUGAUGAACAAGAAUGGCUUUGUCCGAA